CCCUGGGGAGAAGGGGGCGGCCUACUCCUGCACCUUCAGGUCACACACCACCAACAUGAACACUCUUGUCUUCUUCCUGGUGGUAUUCGUCGCCGCCGUCUCAGGACGUCUGACGGACCACCGGGCUAGUCGGUGUCCCGACCCGUUUGAAAUCCUGGACGACGUCCACUGUAUCCUGAUCGACCCGUUCAUCGCUCGCACCUACAGUGAAGCUCUGGCCUUCUGCAAGAGCCACGGCGGUCAAUUAGUCGCCGUAGAAACUGACGACCUCAUCAACAUCUACGACUACAUUAAUGAAGAAGAAUUUGUGAUGAAACAAAACUACUGGCUGGGGGCAUCAGACGCGGCGAAGGAGGGCUCGUGGCUGUGGGAGCACAACAAAGGACAAGUACCUAUGGGUGUCCCUUACUGGCACUACGGGGAACCUAACAACGGUAAUACCUAUAACUGCGCGAUACUUCACGUUAGCUACAAUCAUCGCUGGGUCGACGUCCCCUGUACCAGCAAGUAUAUGACCAUCUGCUUAAGGACUGCUUAGCUCCUGACCUCCCUUCCAUCUCACCUACGUCGACGCCGUCUGCAGUAUGGAGUUUAUGACUGUUUGCCUCAAUAAUGUACAAAGUUGAGGCAGGACUUGGCCCAAGACGCCAGCUGCACUAUCUCCUACACGACUACACGCCAUAGGAGAGUCCCGUUAUUGUCUCUAUGUGAAUUUCUUUAUCUCUAUCAUAAAUCAUAGUUUUCUUGCACACGCUGGACGUAACACUGCAGAUGGUGAUAUAAUUUCUUAACGGGAGGAAUAUCGAAGGUGAUAGCUGAAUUAUAUUGCCUUAUUUUCCUGUUGUAAA